UUUUGGCUUUUUGAUGAUGCUUAUCUAAUAGGAGGAGACAUUCCGAAGACGCAUGUACUGAUUUUAUCAAUCUUAAAAUGUUGAGUUGACUUGAUAUCUAACGUUAAAAUAUUUGUACAUGUGGAUGUACGUGUGUAUAUGUGAGAUUAUGAUUAUACUGUGCAAAAUAAAAAAAACUUGCAAACAGCCGAGCUGGAGCCUGUUGUGUCUCGUGCCGCCUCCUCCUUCCUCCCUUGCCUUCUUCCUUCUCUCUCUCUCUCUCUCCUCUCCUUCCGCUUCCUUCUCCGCCACCUCAAACACCAAAAAAUUAGCAGCGACCCCAAAAAACCAGAGAUUUUUUCGCACCAAAAAAUUUGAGGAAAAAAAAUACGAGGGCGAAACCCUAGCGAGGGGCGAAUUCCGCCGCGCAUUGCCUCCCUCCGCGCACGUUGCGUGCCGGAGCUGGGUCGUUGGGUCGCCGGCGGCCGCGGCGGCGCGGGCGAGGCGUCGUUGGUAGUGCUCCUCGGUCGGUGGCUGGCUGCGCAGCAGGCGAACGCGAUCAGGCGGGGUGCCGGAGGCUAGGCCGCCGGAGACGGCGGCAACGGGGACGAGGAGGAAAUGGCGCUGUUCCGGAGGCUGUUCUACCGGAAGCCGCCGGAUCGGCUCCUCGAGAUCGCGGACCGCGUCUACGUAUUCGAUUGUUGCUUCUCGACAGAAACUAUGGACCAAUUCAAAUACAAGAAUUACCUGGACAGCAUCGUGUUGCAGCUCCGCGAGCAGUUUGCAGAUUCUUCAUUGAUGGUAUUAAACUUCAGAGAUGAAGGAAAAAGUCUGGUUUCAGGCUUGUUCUCUCUGUACAGAAUUACAGUCAAAGAUUACCCCUGCCAAUACUUAGGAUGCCCAUUGCUUCCUUUGGACAUCAUCAUCCACUUCCUCAGGCUGAGCGAGAGGUGGCUCAUGUUUGAAGGGAAGCAAAAUAUUCUGCUAAUGCACUGCGAGAAAGGCGGAUGGCCAGUCUUGGCAUUUAUGCUUGCAGCUCUUCUUCUGUACCGGAAACAAUACAAUGGAGAGCAAAGAACUCUGGACAUGGUGUACAAGCAAGCACCCAAGGAGCUUCUUCAGAUGUUAACAACAUUAAAUCCACAGCCUUCUCAUGUUCGAUAUCUACAGUACAUAUGCAGAAUGGACUACGAGUUGGGGUUGCCCACACAACCUAUUCCUUUCACCCUGGAUUGUGUAAUUCUUAGAGGAGUACCAAAUUUCGAUGGAGUAGGUGGUUGUAGACCAAUAGUUCGAGUAUAUGGGCAGGAUAUUCUAACGCUUGAUAGAGGCCGCAAUGCUCUUGCAACACCAUUCAAAGCCAAGAAACAUGUUAGGCGUUACAGACAGGCAGACAACAUGCCGGUGAAGUUAAAUGUGGGAUCCUGCGUCCAAGGUGAUGUGGUCCUUGAAUGCUUGCAUGUGGAUGAUGGCCUAGAAAAUGAAAGGUUAAUAUUUAGGGUGAUGUUCAAUACUUUCUUUAUCCAGUCUCACAUUUUACAGUUGAACUUUGAGGACAUUGAUGUCUCUUGGGAUGCUGAUCACCGGUUCACAAAGAACUUCAAGGCAGAGGUAGGCCGUGCUUUUUUCUUACAUGUCUGGGGCAACUUAUUAUCAAAUCGAUUAGUGUUAAUUGUAAGUGCAUGCCUGAACCAGGUACUCUUUUCAGAGUUUGAUGCUGAAUCUGAUGCGUCUUCCGAAAUUGCAUCCAAUGAUGAUGAUGAUGAUGAUGACGACGACUGUGGUGAUGAGAUAGAAGUUGGCUCUACUGAUGAGUUCUUUGAAGCAGAAGAAAUCUUCAGUAAUCCUGACUCACAUGAUGGACACAGGGAUGCUGAUUUUCGUUCCAUAGCUUCUUCAGAUCGUACUUCAAGCGCUGAAGCCAGGAAAAUCUCACCAUUUUCCAGUCUUGAGCUGAGCAAUGAUGAUAUUGAUGGAUCACCAGAAAGUAAAACUGAUGACAUGAAUAUGUCAUUUGGAGUACUAAAUGAUGAAAAUGCAUGCACAUCUGUUGACACCAAUAUUAUGCUUGGAGAUAUAACCAGAGUAGUGUCAAGUUUGGAAAGUACAACAGAUGGAGGCAGAGACAGCAGCAAUUCGAGUUCUGCUACGUACAUAGAUAAAGAUGAUGGCUGCACAGUUGAAAACAGCGAUUCAAGGCAGGACAGGACAGUGGAUCCCAAGCAAGACUUGAGUCAUACUGAUAAUGUGCUGGUCAAAGAGGUGAUUAUAUUGGAAACCAAUAGUCCAAAGGACAUUCAGAUGAUCAAAGAAGUAAUCAUAUCUGAAGUCACCACUCCAAAACAAGUGCUGGAGGGCGAGAUUGAAUUAGGCAAUGCAGUCCACAAUUCAGAAAGCAUCAUAUUGACAGAGGCUGAUGGUACUGAAGGACUUAACAUUGACAUUGUUCUCAAACAGGAUGAGGGAGGUAGUCCAGGAGAAGAAUGUGUUACUUCUGCCAAUGGCACCAAACAAGAAAACGACAGUAACACAGAUCAACCUAGCAUCAGUGACACAAACGUACUGGUGAUUGAGCCCACAGAUGAGAAUAACAGGGUGGAGCCUCCACUGUUAGGGAGACCACACCUGCAGAGCACAAGUGCUACCUUGAUUUUAAGUUCUGGUGAGCAAAAGAUUAAGCAGUCUGAUGCUUCCAAUAACAAUGGAACUGCAGAACAAACAGAGGGAACUGAAGCUUCAGUAUCCAACUCGACAGGCCAACCUUCGAAUAUUUCUUCUGUGAAUAUGCUACCUGAAGGGUUUAGCCUGGAAGCAAAUGGCGCUCUAACUCAUGCCAGUGCAAGUACAAUUACAGCUGACUCGUCUCGACUGGCGCUAAAGAAAAAAUCUUUUCUUCCUUUGUCAACACAACGUAUUUUUGCUCCAUAUUCUCCCAGGCGUAAUGUGCUCCGUUCAGCAUCGACAGAUUUAUCCUUUCUAUCUCCAUUGCAAAGAGAAUUUGAUCAGAAUUCUGUUCCUUCUACAAGCGGAAGGGAUGUUGUUGCUACAACCUCAGUGUCUCCACCGCCCCCAUCCUCUACAUCUCUGAGAUCAUCGGAAGUAUCAUCUCUAGUAAAUCCCCCUCUACGACCAAUCAAAACUUUUUCAUCUCUACCUUCAUCUUCAUUGGAAGCAUAUAUAGAGAUGUCAACUUCUUAUUCUCCAUUAUCACAUGCCAACCAUCAACAUCAUGUUAACCCUCAUCCUCCCUUGAUACCAUCACCACCACCUCGACAACCUUACCCAGCAAAGACACAUGGAAAAGAUUUACAUCCGGGUAGUCUAUCUUUUCCUGUUUUGCCUGCUCCCAACAGGUACCCUCCAGCACCACCCCCACCUCCUCCUUCACAUACUUUUUGCACUCAAAAUAAUUCAAGCACCUCAAUAUCUCAUCAUGCACAAAGAAGAGAAAAAGGGUCUUGCUCCUCUAGUCCUCACAGACAAACUAUUCUCAACCUAGAUUUUUCCUCUCUAACUUUACCAUCCGAAAGUAGUAUACUGAUGACAGACUUUCUCUUAGGAGCCUCUGAUUUUAUAGACACAGAAGUAGCAAACAGAAGAAAUAUACGAACUGACAUGGAUGUUCCAACUACCAGUGAAGAUGCAAAGUAUUUCUUUCAGAUGCCUCAUUCUUUAUCUCCCAAAACUUCUCAACAUAGUACACCACAGCCUCCACCUCUGCCUCCUCUACUGCCACAACCACCAUUGCCAAUUACAUGUAAUGAUAGUGAAUCGGUAGCACUUGUAAGAUCAAAGUCUUCUUCAGAUUGUUCAUAUAAAGAAGCAGCAACACCACCAGGAAAACAACCCCCCUCUCCUCCACUUCUUGGAGCAAACGAUCCUUCAAGUUCGGAAUUUAAAGAGGAAGUACCUCAUGAACAGCCUUUAGAUCCUCCUUUGGAAGCAUGCAAGGAAUCCUCGCGGCAUGAACUGAUCAAUGAAACCCCACCCUCCACAGUUCAUAUAAAAGAACAUGGAGCCAUUCCAACCCCACCACAUCCACCCAGCUGGCAUAGGGGGAUUUCACCUGUUGGAGCCAUUCCAACACCACCUGCAGCCCCGCCUUUGCCACCACACUUGUCUCCGCUGCCAUCUCCACAACCUUCAGUUACACCCUCAACACAAUCCUUGUCAUCUCCCCAUUUACCUCAAUCACCAGCUCUUCAUAUAAAUGAUACAUCAUCCCCGUCUGCACCACCACCAUCUCCACCUCCGCCUAGAGAGCAUGAAGUAGUUUGCCCUUUGCCUCCAAUUUCACCUAAAAGGCAUGAUAUACCCUCACCUCCACCACCACCACCACCUCCUUUUGGACACCAUCAAGCACUUUUGCCUCCUUCCAUUUCCCAGGAUCAUGUAAUAGCUCCACCUCCACCUCUAACAAGGGAUGCUGGAAUUCCGCUGCCACCACCACCUCCACCUAGAGAAAGCACUGGGAAUUUCCCUCCUUGUGAUAUUGAAGGAAGCCCGUCUCCAACCCUACUAGAAUGUCAAGUUAGAGCUCCAAUUCCGCCACCACCUCCUUUUUGUGAAGGAAAGGAAAUAAUUCCACCUCCACUUUCUUCUGAAGUAAAUAUAAGAACUCCACUGCCUUCUCUUAUUGGAGGACCAAAAGGAACUCCACUACAAGAUGGAGCUCCACCUCCAACACCACCUCUUGGACCACCGCCACCACCUGCUGUAGCAUGUGGAGUGCCUCCACCGCCGCCGCCGCUUCCCGGAGGAUACGAAGGGGUGCCUCCACCACCUCCCCCGCUAGCUCCUGGUGCACAUAGUGGAGCUCCACCGCCGCCACCACUUCCCGGAGGAUACGAAGUGGCACCUGCACCUCCUCCGCCACCCCCUGGAGCUUAUGGAGGGGCUCCGCCGCCGCCGCCUCCUCCCGGAGGAUAUGGAGGGGCACCUCCACCUGGAGGAGUUCCACCGCCACCACCGCCUAUUGGAGGGGGGCUAGGAGGUACUCCAUCCCCUCCACCUCCCGCAGGAUUUCGAGGUGGAGCUCCGUGUCCUCCACCUCCUCCCGGAGGAUAUGGCGGGGCUCCGCCACCACCUCCUCCUAGAGGGCAUGGAGGAGUAGGUGGCCCCCCUCCCCCUCCAGGUGCGCCUGCUCCUCCAAUGCCCCCUGGAAUACCUGGUGGCCCCCCUCCACCCCCUGGAAUACCUGGUGGCCCCCCUCCACCUCCUGGUGGACGAGGUGGCCCCCCUCCACCUGGCGCAAGAGGUCUUCGUUCCUUGGGUGCAACCUCACUUACUGUAGCACGGAAGUCAUCUCUAAAACCACUGCACUGGGUCAAAGUAACAAGAGCAAUGCAGGGAAGCUUAUGGGCAGAAAUUCAAAAGCAAGCAGAUGCUAAUAGCAAUUCCGAGUUUGAUGUGAAUGAACUGGCGUCUCUUUUUACUAUUGCUCCAAAGGCAAAAGGCGGCGCGAAAACAGAAGGGGCUGGAAAAUCUCUUGGUUCGAAAACCGAUAAAAUUCACCUGAUGGAUAUACGGCGGGCAAAUAACACAGAGAUCAUGUUGACAAAAAUCAAAAUGCCACUCUCCGAUAUGAUGAGUGCUGCUCUGGCUUUGGACGAUUCAGUUUUAGACGCUGAUCAGGUUGAAAAUCUCAUAAAGUUUUGCCCAACAAAAGAGGAAAUGGAGCUUCUAAAGAACUUCACAGGAGAUAAGGAAACUCUUGGAAAGUGUGAACAGUUCUUUCUAGAAUUGAUGAAGGUGCCAAGGAUUGAAUCUAAGUUUAGGAUAUUUGCUUUCAAGAUUCAGUUCCAGACACAGAUUAGGGAUGUUAGAAAGAAUUUGCUGACCGUGGCAUCGGCUUGUGAGGAGCUCAGAGGCUCUGAGAAGCUGAAGGUGAUCAUGAAGAACAUUCUGUUAAUUGGGAACACAUUAAAUGAAGGGACACCAAGAGGCCAGGCUGUUGGUUUCCGCUUGGACAGUAUCCUAAAACUUGUAGAGACCCGUGCAACCAGCAGUAGAACAACACUAAUGCACUUCCUUUGCAAGUCCCUUGCAGGAAAGUCACCAGAACUACUGGAUUUUCAUGAGGACCUAGUUAGCUUGGAAGCUGCUUCGAAGUUGCAAUUGAAAGCAUUGGCGGAUGAACAGCAGGCAGUUGUAAAAGGGCUAGAGAAAGUUGAACAGGAACUAACUGCUUCAGAAAGUGAUGGGCCAGUUUCUGAUGUUUUCCGGAAGACUUUAAAGGAGUUCAUUGAUGCUUCUGGUGCUGAUGUACGCGCCCUAUCAGCACAAUACGUUGAAGUAGGUAGAAGUGCAGAUGCGCUUUCCCUUUAUUUUGGAGAAGACCCUGCAAAAUACCCUUUUGAGCAAGUUGCUUCCACCCUUCUGACCUUUGUGGGGUUAUUUCGGAAGGCGCACGAGGAGAAUCUCAAGCAGAUCGAGGCUGAGAGGAAGAAAGCACUGAAGGAAGCAGAAAAGGAAGCAAGCCAGGACAGAACUCCUGUAAAAUCGAAAGAUGGAAAUGUAGGAUCACCAAGGUCGCCCUUCAAAUGAUAUCUGUCCCGAAACAUGGAUACGGUCAUCAGUUUUACCUCAGCAGACGACCUCUGCCAGCCAUGCAGAUCUUCAGGAGGCUCGACUGUCACCAGAUGCAUGACUUCCUUGGGGACAUCUCAUGCUCACAAGACAAGGUAACAACACACAAAUACUUCCGGUUGGACAUCCACGUUUGAUAGCCCAUGACACUGUACAAAGCUAACCCAGCACCUAACGUAGGUCCAUGUGUACAGAUUUCUUACUAGAUUUUCCACCUUAUAGUUUCUACACUAGCAGUAGCAGCAGGAGUAGGCCAGAGGUUGUAAACUAGGAAAAUGGAAGAAAUGUAAGCAAUGAUUAGUAAUUUAGAAGAAAUAGAAAAGGAUUAGUGUUGUUACCACAGGAAAUUUUCCAACCAACAGAUAGAUAGGCGGUUUUCAAACGAUAGAUAGGUUGGCACACAACACUGUAGCUCAACCAGGUGAUCCUACAAGAAUGUGUUGAUAUGUAUGCUGAUCUUUGGUAAUCCACAGCUAUGUACAGUCACGCUUUUGAUUUGUUGCCAAAUGCCAAAUCAUCCAUCGAGGUGCUUGUGCAUGAACCCUAUGUCAAAA